CGGUAUCAGAGAAGUGUUAACCACUAAGGCGCUAACAACUGUAACAAAUCAACUUGUAUUCACGGUCCAAAUUCAUGGGGUUUUGAUUGGUCAAAGUUCUUCCGGUUUCAGAUGUGCUCUCCUGAAAAUUCCAAUUCGACAGUUUUAGGUGGAUAUCUUCUUCGGUCCUCCUAAGAUGGAGACUCCGUCACGGAUCUUGUCGAUUCUUUAAUCUUGGUUGGUACAGUACAGUACUUUUACAGGGCCGAGUAGUUGUCGCCAUUCGCCAAUCGCCAUUGUGAUCUCUCCAGUUCCUAUUUCAUCCACAUCCGCUCGGCCAUGGCUUCCGACUUCAAAGCUAUUCCCAUCAUAGAUGUUAGUCCUUUAUUAGCCAAGUGCAAUGACCCUAAUAUGGCGGAAGACCUAGGCGUAUCUGAAGUUGUUAAACAAUUAGAUCGUGCUUGUAAGGAGGCUGGAUUCUUCUAUGUGAAGGGCCAUGGCAUUCCUGAUUCCCUUGUCAAAAAGGUUAAAGAUGUGAUACACCAAUUCUUUGAUCUUACUUACGAGGAAAAACUUAAGAUCAAGAUGUCCACAGCAACUGGAUUCAGAGGAUAUCAAAGAAUUGGAGAAAAUAUAACCCAAGGAAAACCUGAUAUGCAUGAAGCCAUUGAUUGCUAUAGAGAAGUGAAACCAGGAAGGUAUGGAGCUCUUGGCAAACCGUUAGAGGGAUCUAAUUUAUGGCCAGAUAAUCCCCCAAACUUUAGCUCACUGAUGGAGGAGUAUAUCAGCCUUCUUACAGAUCUUGCAAGAAACAUAAUGCGAGGAAUAGCUCUAGCACUAGGUGGAUCAGCAAAUGAAUUUGAGGGUGAUAAAGCUGGAGAUCCAUUUUGGGUGAUGCGUUUGAUUGGUUAUCCUGGUGCUUCUGAUGCCAAAUGCCCAGAAAUGCCAGAAAAUGACAUUGGAUGUGGAGCUCACACCGACUAUGGGCUCCUGACCUUGGUAAAUCAGGAUGAUGAUAUUCCUGCACUUCAGGUUAGAAAUUUAUCUGGUGAGUGGAUAUGGGCAGUUCCCAUCCCUGGCACAUUUGUCUGCAACAUAGGUGACAUGUUGAAGAUUUGGUCAAAUGGGUUGUAUGAACCAACUUUGCAUCGAGUUAUCAAUAAUUCCCCAAAAUACCGGGUCUCUGUAGCCUUCUUCUACGAGCCAAAUUUUUAUGCUGCUAUAGAGCCCUUGGAGAUAUGCAAGCAAAAGACUGGUGGGGUUGAGAAAUUUGGAAGAGCUGUUUAUGGAGAGCAUUUAGUCCGCAAAGUCACCACCAACUUUGUGAUGUAAGAGUUUGUAGCUUUUAUUUUCACUGUAAUGUUGUAUUAAUCUUUGUCUAACACCUUUCCAUCAUAAACCAAAUUUGUUUAUGUGAUUUGUAUCUCUUGCAUUAAUGCCCUUGUUGUACAUUGACCUUGGCUGGGGUUCCUUCAGGCUGGAUUAUCCCCCAACCUUACUGUGUUUGCUAAUUUGCAUGAGAUUUCUAAUUGAACUUGGAAUUUAAUAUUCUAAUGACAUUGGAGGUAGUAGCAUGCUUAUUUGA